GUGACAGUCUGUGUUUGUGUGUGUACUUCAAAAACAUCGUGAAAUGUUUUCAUCGCGAAAGUGAAUGUGAAAUCUCAAAUAGGACUGUAAAAUAAGUUAUAUCGUUUAUUCCAUUACAAACAAUGUGUUUUUACAGUUAUUUAAUAACUGAGUAAUAAAUACCUAGUAAUCUAUUCAAAAUCGUUGUGUUCAGAAACGCUUUCAAAGAUGUCCUUCCUACGAGGGUCAGAGAACUACGUGUGGUGCACAACGAGCGUGCUGGGGAAGGGCGCCACGGGAGCCGUGUUCCAGGGCGUCAACAAGAACAACGGCGAGCCCGUGGCCGUCAAGACCUUCAACCAGCUCAGCCACAUGCGCCCGCACGACGUUCAGAUGCGAGAGUUCGAAGUUUUAAAGAAAGUUAAACAUGAAAACAUCGUCAAACUGCUGGCCAUCGAGGAGGAGCAGGAGGGCCGCGGGAAGGUCAUCGUGAUGGAGCUGUGCACGGGCGGCAGUCUGUUCAACAUCCUCGACGACCCCGAGAACACGUACGGCCUGCAGGAGCAGGAGUUCCUGCUCGUUUUGGAGCAUUUGACUGCAGGCAUGAAGCAUUUGAGAGAUAAUAACUUGGUGCACCGUGACUUAAAACCAGGGAAUAUAAUGAAAUACAUCAAUGAGGAUGGAACCACAACAUACAAGUUGACAGACUUUGGUGCUGCUAGGGAGUUACAGGAAGAGGAGCAGUUUGUGUCUCUGUACGGCACCGAGGAGUACCUACAUCCAGACAUGUAUGAGCGGGCUGUGUUAAGGAAGCCAGUGGGCAAGAGUUUUGGUGCAACUGUAGACUUGUGGUCAAUAGGAGUCACCCUGUACCACGUAGCCACUGGGCAGCUGCCAUUCAGGCCAUAUGGUGGGAGGAGGAAUAAGGAGACCAUGUUUUACAUUACAACCAAGAAGGCAUCUGGAGUCAUAUCUGGGACUCAAACAACUGAGAACGGUCCCAUCGAGUGGUCGCGCGAGCUGCCGGCGCACUGCCAGCUGAGCGCGGGGCUGCGCAAGCUGGUGACGCCGCUGCUGGCCGGCCUGCUGGAGGUGGACCCGCACCGCAUAUGGACCUUCGAGCGGUUCUUCUCCGAAGUGCAGACCGCCACCUCCACCACUCCUAUACACAUCUUCCACGUCAACAAAGCCACAAGCAUAAAGGUUUUCCUGAAGCCCGAGGAGAAGUUCGAGCACCUGCAGACGUACAUCUGCGAGCAGACGAGCGUGGUGGCCGAGUCGCAGAUCAUGCUGUACCAGGACAAGCUGCUGCUCACGGAGAUCGACGAGAACACGCUCGGCAAGAACUACCCGGAGACGUCGGCGGAGGAGCCGCUGCUGCUGUUCAACAAGAGCAACCACAACGUCAGCAUGCCGCCCGAGCCCGACGCGCCCAAGUUCCCCGUCUUCCCCAACAUCGUCUCCGUCGAGAACGACGCCACGCAGGCCAAGACGGCGUGCAGCGUGGGGCACGCCAUCAAGCGGCGCGUGGAGGCGCUGUGCGCGGCGUCGCUGCUGUGCGGCGCGUGCGUGCGGCGCUGGGGCGCGCUGCUGGCCGCGCGCCUGGCCGCCGUGCACGCGCGCGCCGCACACGCGCUCGCGCACGCCGAGCGCCUGCACGACGCCGCGCGCGCCACCGACCUCGCCGCCGCCGCCGCCGGCGGGCGGCGAGCACAGUGGGCGCCGGCGGCGGCGCUGGCGGCGGGCGAGGCGCGCACGCUGCAGGCGGCGGCGGCGGCGCUGGUGUCGCGGCACGCGGCGGGCGGGCUGCGCGCCGAGUGGGAGUGCGCCGCCACGCACGCGCCCUGCCCCGCCGACGCCAGGCUGCACGCGCGCGCGCGCACGCUCGUGGAGCGCCUCAGAGAGUCAUGGCAACACCUAGUCCGAGACAGGGCGACCAGAUCCCUAACAUACAACGACGAGCAGUUCCACGUGCUGGAAAGAAUAACCGUAGCUGAAACCGGGAGGCGGCUGCGAGCACUACUGCAGAGGGCAGCGCCCAUGGCCCGGGACCGCGCUGACGCCAUCGCCGACUGGUACAAGGUAGCAGCGACGGUGUACCUGCAGACGCAGAUCCUGGACAAGGACGUGUCGAGCACGGAGCUGAAGCUACUUGCGUUAGCUGCGCGCCUGCAGGACGCCGAGCGCAGUGCGCGCGCCGCACUCACCUCCGCGCAGCAAGAGACGUCGUCCCGCAGCGAGCCGCCGGCCGAGAAGGCGGCUGCCCCGCGCGCGCCGCCUGCCCGCGGCGUGUCCUGCAGUGGAGCCGGCCUCCGGGCGCUUCUCGCGGCGCAGGAGGAGGUGGCAUCCGCCGCGUCGGCCAACACGUCUCUGGUGGCGCGCCUGCACGCGCUGGCCGACCGCCUGCAGCCCUAGCCCGAGCCCGGCCCGUGCGGGAGCGGCCGCAGCUCGUGCGCCGGGGACUCCCCGUCCCUGUCCCCGCAGCCGUGCGCCGGGGACUCCCCGUCCCUGUCCCCGCAGCCGUGCGCCGGGGACUCCCCGUCCCUCUCCCCGCAACUCACCGCGCGCGCGCUACGAGACCCGCCCACCCCGCCCGAACGGACCAGCUACGGAGACGAGUCUCCAACCACGACUGAACCACUCCACGACUCGUUCACUCCCAGCUCGUCGGCCAGUACCACGCCUGACUCCGGCGACGGCACGGUCAUCUACGACGCCGACGACGACCGCCAGCCGAGGUCGUCCUGCGUGCUCGCGUGAGUUCUACAGUGAUCUAAAAUAAUCCAGACAAUAUUAAUAUUAAAUGAUUUUCGUGACUAAAACCGCAUACAUAUCUACAACGUGUAGUUUUGAAAAAACUACAUGAAUAGGAAAGUCUUAUUCAGUCAUGUUUCAUUCGAAUCAGUAUUUUUAUUUUUCAGUUAGUUCUCACUUUUAAUUUUUGUUUUAACUCCACAGUGCUGCGGUGCGAAGUAUUAUUGGUAUUUAAUGGUCCUUAAAAUACACACAUUACACAAUUAUUGAUAACUCGGGCAUUAAAAAAUAAGAACUAGAAUAAAGUCUCUAUUAAAAUAUUAAUUUACAUAAAAUGAGAUCUCCGAAAAAGUUCCAUUCUAGGAUACAAAUUAUAAAAAUAUCAUUUUGGCGUCGAUGUUUUAGUUAAUGUAUUGUCUAAAGUGAUUAUUUUAAUUAUUGUAAUAAAAAUAGUUACUUUUAGAACUUAUUAAUAAGUUAUGUUCUAUUAUUAUUUUUAGCAAUGAAAUUUAAUCAGAACAUUGUAUAAUUUAUGUUUUAGUUUUCAUGUUAAUAAAACUAUUUUAAUUUUAUCAUUCCUAUUAAAAUGUACUUUAUAGGCAAGUUAAUGUAAUUAAACAAAAUAGGUAAUACAAUUUUAUGGACUCAGUAUUUGUAAAUACACACGAUAGUUUAAGUUCAACAAGAUCAUUCAAAUAUCAGGGUGCUCUCUUAUUAUGAUAAAUAUUUGUAUUUACAACGAGGCAAUAAUAGAAUAAUUUUAUUGUAUUUGUUAUCCAUACACAUUCUAUGUAAUGAUGAAAUAAAUAAAAGAAAAUGUUGGAAUGUAUAAAUAACAUUUUAUUAAUCAAUAUAACUUCACAAUAGACCUGUCCAUAUUCCACCCACAGGGCGUCUCUUCGAAGUAUUAAGCCUUAGGUACGGUUCAGCAUAGUGUAAUAUAUGCUUACUCAUUCAAUUCAC